GUUUCUGUCACAGCGUCAAAACAUGGCGGAGAGGGAGGCAGAAGUUGGAUUCAAAAAGGAAACAGUAAGCAAACUGUUGUCAAGUUUCUUCAAGGAAGAAAAAACCAAACUAAGUGGUGACGCUGCACUGCUCAUGGCAGAGAUGCUCAGAGUGUUUGUUCAAGAGGCUGCUGUGCGAUCACAAAAACAAGCUGAAUCUGAGGACUGUGACCAAGUUGACAUCGAGCACUUUGAAAAGAUCUUACCUCAGCUGCUGCUGGACUUCUAGCACGUUGAUGCCACUAGAGGGAGCCAGAGUGUUGCCUUCAGUCCUUCUCGGUUCCUGCGUCUCCAAUUGAAGCUUUACUGAUGUUUACAUGUUCUGUAUAACUGCCAUUUCAUUGACACUUAAAUGUGUUCUAACAUUAA